CGAAGUGCAUCUCGGGGCCUCGGCACAUCAACCACCGCACCGACAUGGCGACAAGACAAGCAACCAAGACAACCUUCGCGGUUAGCAACGUCAUUCAACCGAUCUUCACCGGAGGGUCGGUUGCGCUCGAGAAUGGCGCCCGAAUUCUGGCCUCGACGCUUGGCGAAGCGACAGUCCUCACCGAGCUCAACACAGGGAAGCGCUUGGCCGAGAUUGAAGGAGAUGGCGAACCAAUCUCGACAUUGACAAUCACCCCUUCGGCCUCUCAUUUGAUUCUCUGCUCCAGGUCCUUAACGAUGCGCAUCUACUCCCUCAAGGCGUCCCCGGACUUCGACUCGGUGGAAGCCACCCUUGUGCGCACCUCGAAGCCCCAUGCUACCCCCGUCGUCGUGCUUGCUGUCGACAAAACCAGCACGCUUCUCGCAACCGGUGCCGCAGAUGGCGCCAUCAAGAUAUGGGACAUUGUCGGCGGCUAUGUCACCCACACCGUCAGCGGUCCGAGCGUCCUGGUGUCGGCCCUGCACUUCUUCGAGAUCGCCGCAACGGCCGAGGACCCCGCGAGCGAGCGGAAGUCGAAGAAGACCUUGCGGAAAAGCAAUGGCGGCCAGAGCCAACCAAACGUGGCUUCAAAGUUCCGCCUGGCUUGGGGCACACAAGACGGCAAAAUCCGCAUCUUCGACCUUCACAAGCGCACCACAGUGCCAGUGUAUGCGGACGCGAAGAGGAGGAAAGAGGCCCACGAGUCCAACGUCCAGAGCAUCGACUACUCGCCGGAGCAGCAUGCGCUAUUGAGCGGCAGCAGAGACAAGACCAUGACGCUAUGGCUAUGGCGGGACCAUGCCUGGGACGGAACGCCCAUGCUCCGCCAUGAGCUGGUGGAAUCAGUCGGGUUUUUGAACGAGGGCAAAUGGAUGUACUCGGCCGGGUCGAGCGGCCUGCUGAGGAUUUGGGACACGACGACACACCACGAGAUUUCCGCAAAGCAGGACGCCAAGUCAGAAGCCGAGUCCAUUCUGUCGGCAGUCUCACUGCCUCACAAGUCCCUGGUUCUCUGCUCACAGUCCGAUUUCACCCUGGCGUUGUAUCGGAUACCCUCACCCGGGGACAUUGCUUCCAACGGAAAGUUGCUCGUGGAGCCGUUCAGACGAAUAUCCGGCACUCACGACGAGAUUCUGGACCUGGCAUAUGUUCUGCCUGACCAGUCCAUGAUGGCGCUUGCCACAAAUUCCGAGGACAUCAGACUCGUUUCUGUUGCUGACAUUGAAACGCAAGCAGAUGGAAGUGAAGGUGGCGCCUACUUUGGGCAUGAUGUUGCCCUACUGAAAGGCCACGAGGAUAUCGUCAUGUCUCUUGACGUUGACUGGUCAGGCCACUGGGUCGCCAGCGGCGCAAAAGAUAACACAGCGCGGCUAUGGCGCAUUGACCGGGAAAAUAACUCGUACACGUGCUACGCCGUCUUUACUGGCCACCUGGAGUCCGUAGGCGCCGUUGCCCUGCCGAAGGUGGUGCCUCCCGAGAACUCGGAGGCUUUCAAAAACCCGCUCGAUCAUCCCCCAGCAUUCCUCAUCUCUGGCUCUCAAGACAGAUUCGUCCAAAAGAGAGACAUUCCGCGGCAGUCACAAAAAGCCAAGGUGUCUUCAAGCCUGAAACGGCUGGCUCACGACAAGGACAUCAACGCCCUAGACGUUAGCCCUACAGGGCGACUGUUUGCCUCGGCAUCGCAGGAUAAGACAGUCAAGAUAUGGGACGUGGAGCGGUUGGAGGUUCAAGGUAUCUUGAGGGGACACAAGCGCGGCGUAUGGACGGUCAAAUUCGCGCCCCUACAUACUCCAGCCAUCCAGGGCGAGCAAGGAUCGGUCUCUGGCAAGGGCGUCAUCCUGACAGGCAGCGGCGACAAGACGAUCAAAAUCUGGAACCUCUCGGACUACACUUGCCUCAGGACUUUUGAGGGGCACUCGCACAACGUCCUCAAAGUCGUCUGGCUGCACAUCCCCACCGAGGAGGCCGCGGCCAAGAAGCGGAUCCAGUUUGCCAGCGCAGGCGCCGACAGCCUGGUCAAGGUCUGGGAUGCGAACCUCGGCGAGACCGAGUGCACGCUCGACAACCACGAAGACCGACUGUGGACCCUCGCCGUCCACCCCAAGACCAACACGCUCGUCUCGGGCGGCAGCGACUCCAAAGUCACAUUCUGGAAGGACACGACGGCCGAGACGCAGGCCGCAGCCACCGAGGCAGCCCUUAAGCUCGUCGAGCGAGAGCAGGAACUCGAAAACUACAUCCACGCUGGGGCCUACCGCGACGCCAUCGUCCUCGCUCUGCAACUCAACCACCCUGGCCGCCUCCUCGGCCUCUUCACUAACGUCGUUACGACCAACACGCCCGAGGAGGGUAGCCUUACGGGGCUCAAGGCCGUCGACGCCGUGCUCGCCAAGCUCUCGGACGAGCAGAUCUUCCUGCUGCUGCUGCGGCUGCGCGAUUGGAACACCAACGCCCGGACGGCGCCCGUCGCGCAGCGGAUCCUCUGGGCGCUGGUCCGGAGUUAUCCGGCCAGCAAGCUCUCCAACCUGUCGGUGAGGGGGGCCAGAGGUCAGAAGAGCCUCAAUGAAGUGCUGAAUGCGCUCAAGGUGUAUACCGAGAGGCAUUACAAGCGCAUGGAGGAGUUGGUGGAUGAGAGCUAUCUGGUGGAGUAUACGCUUCAGGAAAUGGAUAGCUUGGCGCCGCCGGCGCUAGAGGGGGAGCAGGAUUGGGAUGCGGUUAUGGCUGGGGCGUGAUGGCUGGGCUCUUGAAUAGGGGCGGAAGUGAGAGGAGGGUUGAGAGUGUACAAGUACAUCAACUAAUCGGAGAAGAUGCGAUGUUGGGCAGGCAUUUUGAGGUGCUGUUUCAAUAUAGACCAACUUCAAACUUGAGCUCUUCUGGUUCA